UCCCCGCCGCCGCCGGCAGCAGCAGCAGCAGCAUCGCCACCGCCAUGGGCCCGCGCCGCUCCGCCGCCUCCUCCCGCGGCCGCCUCCUCCUGCCGCUGCUGCUGCUCGGCGUCUCUGGUUUUUUCCAGUCCUAUGCAGUUGAAGUAGAUAUAAAGGAUGCUUCCAAUGCUACAUGCCUGUAUGCAAAUUGGAUGAUGAGGUUCUUGAUAACAUAUGAAUCAAACAAUGGUGAUUAUAAAACCACAACCCUGAAUUUGUCAUCCAGUGCGACACACAAUGGAAGCGUCUGUGGCAAUGACACACAGGCUGCCCUUGUGGCAGUGCAGUUUGGAGAAGGUCAUUCUUGGAGCAUUAACAUCACAAAAAACAAUGAAACUUACCAGGGAGACUUCAUGACGCUGACCUACAACACCAAUGACACAGCUGUAUUUCCUGAUGCUAAGAGAAAAGGACCAGUUACUAUUUUUAUAAAGGAUCCUGCAGGUCCAGUUCAGCUGAACACUGUCUUCGUGUGUCACAAUUCCUUCAUUAUUGAAGCAGAAAAUAUUACACAGAUUUUCUGGAAUGUUACUGUGCAGGCUUUUGUUCAGAAUGGCACAGUCAGUAAAAAAGAGACUAGAUGUCCUGCUGAUAGACCUACUUCUGCACCUACUGUUCCACCUACUAGUGCCAAUGCAACUACUCCACCUACCACUGCUGCACCCCCUGCUCCAACUCCUCCCAAGCCUGUGGAGAAUCCAGACACAGGAAACUAUUCUCUUAAAAGUGGAAAUAAAACGUGUUUCCUGGCAACUGUGGGGUUGCAACUGAAUGUUUCCCAAGACAAGCCUCUUCUGAUCAACAUCAAUCCAAAGACAACUGUCGCAGAUGGUGCUUGUGGUAACACAACAGCCACUCUGAAACUGAAUGAUGGAAAUAGCACACUGAUUGGUUUCACAUUUGCUGUUAAAAAUGCGAGUGCAAGUGUACAGAAAUUUUAUCUGAGGGAGGUGAAUGUUACUCUGCUCAACCGUCUGAAUGGCUCUGUCAUUUCAAGUGCAGAUAACAACAACUUAAGCAAGUGGGAUGCUUUCCUUGGUAGCUCUUACAUGUGCCGAAAAGAGCAGACCCUUCAGAUUAAUGAAAAUGUUCAAGUACAUACUUUUAAUCUAUGGAUUCAGCCAUUCCUUGUGGAGGCAAAUAAGUUUGCUACAGCUGAAGAAUGCCUUGCUGAUUCUGACCUGAACUUUCUUAUUCCCAUCGCAGUGGGCGUGGCGCUUGGAUUCCUUAUCAUUCUUGUCUUUAUCUCUUACAUCAUUGGAAGAAGAAAAAGUCGUACUGGCUAUCAGUCUGUAUAAUCUCUUCAUUCCAUCUCUGUUGCCCACCUUCCCUGUUCUUUUCCCUUUCCCAGAUUUCCUGGCCUGCUCCUUAAAAAAAAAAGAAAGAAAAACAAAUUAAUUCAAGGUUUCUUUGUUUAAAAAAGUUCAAAUCACUUCAUGGCAGAAUAACAAUAACUUCACGACAGAAUAACAUGCCAUGAAUCUGAAGAUGAGUUGCAGAAGCUACUGUAUGACUUUGGAUAAAGUAAGUGUUCUGAGGACCAGAGAAUUGAACACAGUUGGUGUGUCCCUGUGGGAAAUGUGAUUAUUUUUAGUAAAGAAGACAUCUACAAAACUUUCUGUUGUUUAAUCUUUUUGUACAAGAAAAUUUCUAGAUGCCUACAGCUUGUCUUGGUUAAUGCUACAGCUAAAACUAUAAUUAAAAGUGUGAAUGCUGUGUCAAAAGGGACUGUACAUGCAGUGGGAAAACGAAUACCCAGCUCUCAACAGACUUCUGUUGGGAGCUUGGCAUAUGGCUGUUCUUGUGAAUCAGCCUGAAUUUCCUAUUCCUUCUGAAUGUAAAAGUAGUACCUGAUCUCACUAAUAGCCUGACAUAAUAUGAGAAGAACAUCUGAUUCUUCUAGUGAAUUAAUCUCUUUAACAUCAUACAGAGAAGCUGACUGCUAAUGUAGGUUGAACAGCGUUGCACUACCCUGGUGUCUAAUUUGCCAAGAUAAGGUUCAGGUCUGGAGAACUUCAGCUACUCAGAAAAGGCAACAGUCUGCUGAAGGAAAUGUCUCCUGUGCUAUUUUGUUGAACUGCAUUUUCCUUUUGUUCUGAGCUCAAUUGUGAGAUGAGGGUGGGAGGCUGGAAUUUCACUGGCUGCAGUUUCUCUCAGCUUUGAUUCUGAACAUAAAAGAAACUACACAGCAUUGGUCCAUGUGAGGACCAAAAGUAUUUUGAGAGCACUCAGGCUGACUGAGAACACAGGUUGCUCAGAUCUUCCUGCAGUUCCUUUGGACAGCUUGCAUAGGUUAACAGAGCAUCACUGAAAAGCUGUGAUCUCUGAAAGGAAGUGGAGAUAUGAAAGCUUUCAGGUUUGAUAGAAUUAAUCUGCUUUUAACCUCCUCAUUAUUGCUGUCUCAGUGUAAGAGCACAAAAUUUCUAGCAUGAGGAAUGCUGAUCAUAAAGCAGGAAUGAAUAUAUGUGUAGUGAAGAAAGUGACUUCCAAAGGAAUAAGAGCAUCUUUCCUGUUUGAAGAUGC